UCGCGUCCCUUUCUCUCUACCGCGGGAAAUUCGGGAUCGCUUGGUUCUGUUUUGCGAUUCGUCUGCUCCUGAUACUGAGAUUGCCUUCUGAGCUCCUGGUUGAAUCCAUCCAUGGGCCCUUUUCACCCGUAGCGUCGUGGUCUUCUAUGUUGCUGUCUGUGCUGUGCGCGAAAGCUACUGCAAGUCUGCAACGCCGGGGGAUUUGGAGUUGUUUUCCUGGAUAUUCCUUUCAUCCGGGUACUUGCGGUGGGUCCCUGUGUGCUGAGCGGAUGCUAUCUGCACCGGAUUUGCCACCGGGGAUUUGGGAUUUAUCGAUGGCCGUGACGGAUUUGCUCUUCCCAGGCUCGAAUCUUCCGAACCUUGGCUUGCUGUUUUGGUUUGUUAGAACUUGGCGUUGCAAAGCACGUCUCCCAUGCUUUUGCCGAAAAUUUCGGCACCUUGCCAAAACGAAGGCGUAGGUUUCCUUUCAAUUCAUAAACAAGGAUCAGUUCUACAAAUUAUCUUUGGUGGGCCAAAUUAUGGAUAGUGUGAAGCCACUGAGCGGAUUGAGCAAUUCGUUCGAUACUCUUAUGGUUUCUGGUGGUGUCGAGAUUAGGCAGGCUCAGAAUGGUGGCACUGAAACCAGCUUGACAGAUUGGAAAGACCUCCCCAUGGAGCUGCUCCUGCGGAUUAUGUCAAUAGUUGGAGACGAUAGGAUGGUCAUCGUGGCGUCCGGUGUAUGCACAGGAUGGCGCGAUGCGUUAGGUUGGGGAGUUGCAAAUCUUUCACUCUCAUGGUGCCGAGAUCACAUGAAUGACUUAGUGAUAUCCCUGGCUCACAAAUUCACGAAGCUGCAAGUUCUAUCUCUACGGCAGAUCAAGCCUCAGCUUGAAGACAGCGGCGUUGAGGCUGUGGCCAAGUACUGUCAUGAUCUGCGCGAGCUGGAUCUCAGCAGAAGCUUUCGGCUUAGUGACUGGUCCUUGUAUGCUCUGGCUCAUGGGUGCCCUCACCUCACAAGGCUCAACAUCAGCGGGUGCUCCAAUUUCAGCGACGCUGCUUUAGUGUUCCUCGGUAGCCAGUGCAAGAGCCUAAAAUGCCUGAAUCUGUGCGGGUGUGUUAGGGCAGCUUCUGACAGAGCACUUCAGGCCAUUGCCUGUAACUGCGGCCAGCUGCAAUCCUUGAACCUGGGCUGGUGCGAUAGCAUCACUGACAAAGGAGUGACCAGCUUGGCGUCAGGGUGCCCUGAACUCAGGGCUGUGGACUUGUGUGGUUGUGUUCUCAUAACAGAUGAGAGCGUGGUUGCGCUGGCGAACGGCUGCCCUCACUUGCGGUUCCUGGGGCUGUACUACUGCCAGAACAUCACGGACCGCGCCAUGUACUCGCUGGCCGCGAACGGCCGCGUGAGGAGCCAGGGCCGGGGCUGGGACGCUGCGAGGAGCGGCGGCGGCAGCAAUGACCGGGACGGCCUGGCGAGCCUGAACAUCAGCCAGUGCACGGCGCUGACUCCGCCUGCAGUGCAGGCGGUGUGCGACUCGUUCCCGGCGCUGCACACGUGCCCGGAGCGGCACUCGCUCAACAUCAGCGGCUGCCUCAGCCUCACCUCCGUGCACUGCGCCUGCGCGCUCCACCCGCACCGCGCCGGGCGAGCCAUCCUCUCCAACCACGCCUACUGAAAUCCGUGGAUCAGGCCACCGGAGACGUAGUGUCGGGUCUGUGGCGUGGUUUGGCCCGUGAUCGUGGAGCGGUGAGGAGAGCAGAUUGUGCUGAACUGCUGUUGUGUUAGAAGUGCUUGUGCUGGGUAGUUGGAACUUUGUGUGUGCGUUGAAGAUGUGUGUACCCAGAACUUGUAGAGCGACGGGGCUGAGUUUGCUGUCUGCAAAAUUAUGGACUGUGCUCUGUAGUCUGUACAUGUGGUCUUUUGCUUUUGAGGUCUUGGCUGCUGACUCUCGUGGGCAACGAUAUUUGUUUUCCGGCC